AUGUCGUCUAGGCGAGCUCAUCUCAAGUCGCGUACAGGUUGCCAGCAGUGUAAGAAGCGCCGGAUCAAGUGCGACGAACAUGCCCCGUGGUGCCAGCGAUGCGCCGAGCGCGGACUUGACUGCAGUUACAAGGAGCUGCAGGGUGCAAUUGACAAGCUGCAGCUCCUGACGGCGCCAGAAAACGCUCGCUAUGGGCCUUCUGCAUCAGAUACGUGCAGUAAGUCGAGCCAGCCUAGGCCAGAUGCGUUGUUAGAGCGGACCACUGUCUCUGUUCCCGAGGAAGUUGUGGAGUCACGGCGGGACAUAGGUCCAUUCACCCUUCAAGACUUUGCGCUCUUUCACCACUUCCUGCUGCAUACGUUCCAGACCAUCGGUCCCAUUGAUCGCGACCAUACCGUGUGGAAGACACAAGCACCUGAGCUAGCCCAAUCGUAUCCCUUCCUCAUGCAUGCCAUACUCGGUGUAGCAGCUGCUCACAGAUCGUCGCUGGAUGGGCUACUGCACAGCACGGGGAUUGACACGGCGCGAAAGCACUACACUGCAGCCCUGCGCCUCUUCCGCACUCAAGUCAGCGAAGUGGGAACUACUGAUGCCGGUUGCGCGUUUUUAUGUUACGCCAUGCUUAUCAGCGUUCUUUUCCUUAGCCUGGAGUGUGAAAGACAGCAUGAUGGCGACCCCAUCGACGACUUCGCCAACUUACUUAACAUCUUGCAGAGGUCUAGUAGCGUGUUGGAAUCUGUCAAGCCGGCUGUCAAUGACACAGCAUAUGGACUGCUGCUACCCGGCCCAAGCAGGGGCGAAGCACAUUCCCUUCCGGAAGACCUCGGGCGAUCACUGCAAAGAAUAGAGAGUUUGAUACAGAGUCCCGACACUACCGACCCUCCAGCGACAACAGUUGAGUUGUUCGACGCGCUCAUCAAACUUAGGACAUACCACACGUACCAGCCACUUCACCCUAUCACUGGGGCAACCCUUCUAACGUGGCCUAUGACCGUGGUUCCAACUUUUGCCGAACAGGUGCGGCGUCGACACCCUGCAGCUUUGAGUAUGACUGCUUCUUGGGCGGCGCCGUUUUAUCAUAGCCCUGGAAAAUGGUAUGUCGGCAAAUGGCCGGAAAGGUUGAUCACUUCGAUAUCCUCCAACCUUCAGGCUUUGGGGAAAGCCGAGCUGGUUGCUUGGCCUUUGGCGCAAACCAUUGCAAAAGCACCAGGCUGAACGAGCGUACAAGACUGGCAGACUGUAGUUUGGGAUCCGUGAACAGCGCCUCAGA